GCAGAGGUCAUGUGGCUGCAUUUGGAUGAAGAAGGAACUGAACGGAGUUUUUGGAGAAAACUGGAAUGUGAUUUAUGAAACUGAAUCAAUAUGUGCUCCUAAAGGAUCCACAGUAAACAUGUCAUGCUCGUAUACAUACCCUCAGCAGUAUAAAUUGAUUGAUACAUUCUGGAUAAAGAGAUCGGAUAUGAAAAGUUUAAAAGAAUAUCCUGAGUAUAAAGACAGGGUUGAAUACAUUGAACAGAGACAAAACCAAACUGCUGUCCUCAGACUGCACAACAUCACUGAAAAUGAUGUGAGCGAGUAUUGUUUCAGAUUAAUAACUAAUACUGAAGGACAAAAAUGGUUUGGUCAACCAGGAAUUCAGCUUAAAGUUUCUGGUAAUCCACUUCACUCCUUCAUUUCUGUUAAUAAUUUAAUUUCUUGGUCCUGGUUAGACAGAUGUGUUUCUCCAGCUCUUCAGGUAAAGGCACCGCAGCUGGUGCUGGAGAAAGAAAGAGUCAAUCUGACCUGUGAAACCACAUGCAGUCUGACAGACGGAUUCAUCUGGUACAAAAAUGGACAGGCUUUAAAGAUCCAGAGCGAAACACUCCAGCUUCAGUCAGAGCGCAGUGAUUCUGGCCGUUACAGCUGCGCCGUCAGAGGACAUCAACAUCUGCCCUCUCCUGCUGUCAACAUCACUGUCCUGUAUCCUCCAAAGAGCGUCUCGGUGUCCAUCAGUGCGUCUGGUGAAAUAGUGAAGGGAGAUUCAGUGACUCUGAGCUGCAGCAGUGACUCAAACCCUCCUGCUCUGAACUUCAGCUGGUUUAAGGAGAAUCAAACCUCAGCUGUUGGAUCUGGACAGAGUUUCAUCAUCUCCAGCUUUAACUCCAGUCACAGUGGACGCUACUAUUGUGAGGCUCAGAAUCAAUAUGGAUCUCAGAGAUCAGCAUCUGUUUUAGUCUCUCUUAAAGAUGCUUGGAAUAUCCUGUAUAUCAUUGGUUUGUUUGCCAUUAUUGCAGCUGGAUUUGGGCUCCUGCUUCUCAUCAUCGUCGUCAUCAUUGUGCACAAAAGGAAGAAGAUAAAAAACAAUGAUUCUCAGGACACUGACAAUCAUUUAAAUGGCUCUCAGGACAUUGAGCCAAAAAAGACAUCUGCAGGAAAUGCCUCUGAAUCUGGAGAUGAUGACAAGAUACUCUAUGCUUCUGUCCCGUAUCACAACAAAAAUAAAGACACAAAUAAACCUGAAGAGGAUGAGAUCCAGUACGCCAGCGUUACAGUUCACAAACCUGCUACUGAAGCCAAAUCUACGGCGGGUCAAGAGAAUGAUUUGUCUGUGAUUUACAGCAGCAUCAAAAUAUCUACUUAACUAUGCAAUUGAGUCUUGAAAAAUCAUCUAAAUCAGACCAUAAUAAGAACUAACUUUCUUGCUUUAGUGUUUGCAUUUUAUUUAAUCAUGUUUAUUUAUUUUUUGAGUGUGCAUUAUUAAACAUCUGCUUUAGUUAAAUGCACUGCAGCCCUUGUAAACCAAAGUCAACUAAAUAAACAAACACAGAGUUUGGUC